AUGCUGGCACUCUCGGCAGUGCACAGACUUCAAGCAGACUCCCACCACCAUGUCAGCAACUAUUCCACUGGGGGGCAGCACUUCCUUCUCACCGCAGCGUGCAAAGCGGACGCGCAGUGCGAGGAGAGCGAGGAGAGCGAGGAGAGCGAGGAGAGCCAGGAGAGCCAGGAGAGCCAGGAGAGCCAGGAGAGCCAGGAGAGCCAGGAGAGCCAGGAGCCCAGCGGAGCCCAGGACACAGCCCACACACACAGCCUGACGCCGGGAAGAGCUCCACAAGACGCCGGCUCCUCAGCGCCUCUCAUCUGUCACACACCACUUAUUCUCUCAACAAAACAACUCUGA